CUGUUCGAUGAGGCCAAAUACGACCUGGUGGUAGACAAUCUUGUAUCGACAUUUGACAGCAAGAACUUGAGCUCAAAAUCUGUGGUCCAGAGGGAAAGACCUUCACAGCUUCUGCUUCUGGUGAACUCAUUAUACAACCUUGGCCGGAAAUCAGAGUGUAUUCAGUGGGCCGAGGCUUCGCUUCAUGAGGCUGUGUUGCACUACAAGAGAGCGCCUACAACUCAGCUUCAGAAAGACUGGGCAGCAACUCUUGUUUCUCUGUUUGACUGUAUCAACAG